GUGUGGAGCAAGCUGUCUCGAGCAAACGUCCUAGGCUCUGAGCGCGCGCCGUGGACUGGACUGCAACUACACCCACGAAAUUGCGUAAAGUCUCUUCUCAGGGUCGACAGUCGUCGCGUUAGACACCAUCUUAUCUCUUUCGUGUGUCCCCAUACCGCUCCUUUCACAAGGUAGGGGAGAGCGGUUUGGUUUUUUGGAGCUAAGGCGUACCCAUCAGACGUCAUGUCAAUGUUGCCCUCUUUCGGAUUCACCCAGGAGCAAGUAGCGUGCGUAUGUGAGGUACUGCAACAGGGGGGGAACCUCGAGCGACUGGGCCGCUUCCUCUGGUCGCUCCCUGCCUGCGACCACCUCCACAAGAACGAGAGCGUUCUAAAAGCAAAAGCCGUGGUCGCUUUCCACAGGGGGAACUUCCGAGAGCUCUACAAGAUACUAGAGAGUCACCAGUUCUCGCCGCACAACCACCCGAAGCUUCAGCAGCUAUGGCUUAAGGCCCACUACAUUGAGGCUGAGAAGCUGAGAGGACGGCCACUGGGUGCAGUGGGGAAAUACCGGGUGCGGAGGAAAUUUCCCUUGCCACGUACUAUCUGGGAUGGCGAGGAGACCAGCUACUGCUUCAAGGAGAAGUCCCGGGGCGUCCUGCGGGAGUGGUAUACUCACAACCCGUACCCCUCUCCCCGGGAGAAACGAGAGUUGGCAGAGGCUACCGGGUUAACCACCACACAAGUCAGCAACUGGUUCAAAAACAGGAGGCAGAGAGACCGAGCAGCGGAGGCAAAAGAGAGAGAGAACAGCGAGAACAACAACUCGGGCGCCAACAAACAGAACCAGCUGUCACCGCUGGACGGCGGGAAGUCCCUCAUGUCCAGCUCGGAGGACGAGUUCUCACCCCCACAGAGCCCCGACCAGAACAACGUGCUCCUGCUCCAGGGUAACAUGAGUCACCCCGGGGCGUCUGCUUACCCUAUGGCCGGUCUCGGCGCCGCGCAGUCGGUGCACGGAAUGCAAGGACAUCCACACCAGCUACAGGACUCUUUGCUGGGACCUCUAACGUCGAGCCUGGUGGAUCUCGGUUCUUAAACGAUGGCGAAGCUUUUAUUUAUUUUUUUGUUUAUUUUUUACGUAUAACAUAAACUGAGAUUGGCCACUUUUGCUGUAUAUAUAUGAAAUAUAAAAUAUAAUUCUAAAAAUUCUUAGGUUAUCUGUUGUGGACAGGCACUCACUGGUAGGCCACACCAUAGUUAUACGUGGACUGACAUUUGCCAAGUCGUUAAACUGGUCAGAUGGCUUUAACCAAAAGCAGUUAAUAAAACACAUGCUCUUCUGCAAUCGCAUACCAUCUCCGCUGUAUUUUCUCCUGACACAGAAAGUGCUUAAAAUGAAGCACUAUUUUUCCUUCUAAUAUUAAUAGUUAACUCGGUUUAAUAGUUAAAUUGUUAACUCGAAUUUGUUUUGAUACUAUUAAGAAUAUAUAUAUAUAUAUUCUUGCCACAAAAACAGCACCUAGUGGUCAGUAAGCUUGGCCUAUAUUACCAAUACUGACUGACAGAAAUAGAAUGAGCUCGAAUAAAUUGUUUCUUUAAUUCAAUAUAAUUUACCAUGUUGAAAUGGUUCUAGAAAAUAUAGUAUACAACCUAAAGGCAGGAUCGUAUAUAUUUGUAAAUGUCAGUAUAAAAAAGAAAUCUCUCGAAAAUAUCUUAUUGAUGCUAAAGUGUGUCACCUCAUAACAAUUUGGCGCAGUUACUGACCAAGCAAAACAAAAUCAUUUUCUAUUUGAGGAACGUAGGCUGCACUGUGAAAAAACACAUCCCUGCAUUUAUUUGAUUUUAAGCAUAUGUACGAAGCAAGACCUUUUCCACUCUCACUUCUUAUUAAUUGAAUAUUCUGAGAGCAGCUAUGAGCCAAUUAAUGAUCAUCGCAGUAUAGAUUAAGCAAAUGAGACUAAACCUGCGGCAUCCCUGCAACAACAAUACUGAUAACAACAUUAAUAUAAACAACAAACAGAAGAGCCUCCAUGAUGCCUUUGAGGUCCUGCGAGGGUCUCCGGAAGGAGAGGACUCCGCUCUGGAAGUGCGUGGUGCCUUUGUGGUCGAAGCGGAUCGCCGGGUCCGCAGUGGCGUGUUUAUUUUGCGCGCUCUGUGUUUGUUCUGGCGGUUCUGGGCCAGAGAGAAGACCCACCAGCUGGGGGAGAGGCACGCUCACGUGGCACCAUUCAUAAAUCGCUUAUUCAACAUCAUGAGCAAACAUCACACUGUUGAAUUGUCCUCUACCAGCGAACAAUUAGUGCAAAUUGUCGAGCAGUGAAUUAUUCACACAGAGCAUGUUUAUUCAUUAAGGCAAUUGUGCGUAUCAGGGCCCUAAUUUACUGUCCAUACAACCUACAUGAUUUGGAAAUGUACAUAUUUGUUUUUGCUGAAAGUAAUAUACCAGAUUUUCAGCAUAUGCUCUGCAAAUGGCUGAGUGUGGUUCUUCUGAUAUUGGACUAUCUUCAAAUUUAUCUUCGCUAAAAUCAACAAUGCGGUUUAAUUGUCUCAUAAAUGUAAGCCGCAUAUCUGUGACUGUUUACAGGAGUUAAUUGGGACUUCCGGUUUAAGGGUAAAAGGCAGCCCCAUCCAUUCCGAGUUUGUGUGUUUUGCAGUCAAGGAUUCUUUAUUGAGACUCAUGUUCUUUGGUGCACCGAAAAAGUUUGGACGUGGAGUAGCCUCCCACCCAUCCUAUGCGCUCAUGUCAGGGUAAUUGUUUUCAACAGAGAGCACCGAGGAUUUCCUGCCCCUAAUCGGAACCAGUUGUUGCCCGCAUUACUCUGUGAUUGUGGAAGAUUGGAGGGCCAGUACCGCCCGUAUAGUGGCGCUCAAACCUUCCUCGGUGAGCUUUAAACCGACAUUUAUCCGUAAGAAAAAUAUCUCAGUCCACCACGAUGAGCAGCGAUGUCACUCACUUUAAAAGGACUGUAGAGAGAUCCUGCUUUAUGUGAAGACGGGCUUUCAUCUCAACUGCCAGCAAUGUUUUUAGAGACUACAUCUCCAAGCUGAAACAACAUCUCUUUAAGUCUAGUAAUUAAAAUUCAGAAUGAACGCGAAUCAGAAUUCUUUUGUCGUGUAUUUUUUUCUUUUUUUUUUCUUGCUGUGGCCUUUGCUGUUCCACUCAGGAAACUAAUUUCGGGUUGUCACAUUUCAUCACCAGUCCUUUAGGAAGGCCACCUUAGACCAUGACAUCAUGCGCAUAGAGUCAGCGCAUGUUUUCCCAACCACGGAGACCAAAUGUCAGGCUUUUGCGGGAACAAAGAUAUUUUUUAUUGGUUGUACCGUCGGUCUACAUAUGCCUGGAGUCUGCAGAUCUUGUCCUCCUGGAAACAAGGACGCAAGUCGUGCGGCAGUGUCAAAAUUGCGCAAUCCAAAAGUCUUGCCAAAUUCGACAUGGACUACAAAAAGACAUAUAAAAUAUCCAUACAAUAGUAUCGCUAAAGCGGUGCAGAUUUUAAUGGAAUUAUGCUCUUUUGUUCUUGAAUAGCCUACCAAAGUUUGACUUUUAAUAUUGACUUCCUCCAUGAAAAGGUCACAGAGUUAAUUUGCAGUAUGGUACAAACAUAUCUGAGGAAGACAACCGUCAGCUGAAAUUUCAUCUGAAAAUGUAAACACACAUUCUGCAUCUCUUUUUAAAAAGUAAUGUUUUAAAAUAAAAAUAAUGUCAUACCAGU